AUGCAGGACAUUAUUGACCAUUUGCCUAAACUACCUGAAAUCCAACAACAAAAACUCACUAUUCCUGAAUUCGACGAAAUUGAAGUGAAACCAACUGACUCAGUAGAAAUUAAGAAAUUCAUACGUAAAGUAAAUUAUGAAUUCCUUGGUUUUCAUUGCAACCAUAAAGUUAUGGACAAAGAUUGCGACAUGGUUUAUAAAAAUAUUUCUGACAUAUAUAAAUCUGAAGAAUUUAAGACCUACGACAACUUUGUUUCGUUAGUUGCUGAAUGUGUUUGGGAAAUAAGAGAUAAAGAUAGAAGAGGCAAAGUAUGGAACAAACAAAUAAGACCCGCUAUGUUUGAGAUGAAGAGAGCAAUUGACGCUUUAGUUGUUUUAGCUGGUUUUAUUUCAAUGUAUAACGCAAAAAUGAACCCGCAAUGUUCAAAAUGUAAGGCAGCAAUUAGGAAAUAUAACUACUCCGUCAAAGAGAUAGAAAGAAUGAGAAACGACUAUGCAGACUUAAAGAAAGAAGCAGAAAAGCCAGCAGAAGAUAAAAUGGACAUGUUAGCAUUUCUGAACAAAAACUAUCCAACUGCUGACGAUUUCCUAUUAUCUGACGUCAAGAAGAAGUAUAAAGAAACCUUCGGCAUAGUUAAAACAUUCGAUGUACUAAAAGAAGAAAUAGAAGCUACAAAACUGUUUAAAGUCAUGAACCAUCGCAACAUAUACCAUGUAAAACGCUUGUAA